AGCAGAAUCAGAGUUCCGUCAUAUAGAAGAAUUAUUAAACAAAGAACUGGUAAAACAAGUUCAGACAGCUCUUGGUUACAUGGAAAAUAAACAAUAUGAGAAGGACCCUUGGUUAUGGAACCUUGAUUGGUCAGUACCUAAAGGAAGAGUAAAGAAAUUACCUGGUUAUCCAAAUUGGUACAGAAAGCUCUGUGCUCGUACUGGUGAAAGAGAGGGCACCCCUGAACCAGAAAACAUGAGCACAGGUCUUCAGGUUGUACCAAAGUUACUAAGACUCACUUGGGAUGGCCUUCCACUUCAUUAUGAAAGGCAUUAUGGGUGGGGUUACCUGAAACCACUAUACAAUAGCAUUAACGAGAUACCCCAGUCUAAAAUUCCUCCAGUUGAUAAUAAUACUAUUAAAGAUUCACCAUGUUUUCCUAUUAAGGCAUUGUAUGAAAUGUGUUCUGGUAAGAAAGAAUAUCCUGAGGACCAAACAGAACUCUCUGAAACAGAUAAUUAUAGCUUGUUAGUUAAUGAAGAAGACUGGGAGUUAUGUUCUUCUCAAAAUCAGACUAAGAAUGUUAAAACACCCAAACAAGAAAGUAAGCAGGAAGAGAGGUUAAGGGAUAUUGGUAUUCCUGGUGUGGCUUUUGUUCCACUACCACACAAAGAUGGUGCCUCAAAUCGUGUUGGAAACCCUUUAGCUAAAGAUUUCUUGAAUAAAAUUGAGGACAAGACAUUAAGCAGCCACUUUGGAGAUCUUGCAGAGCUUGUAUUGAAGACCACUAAAACCUUGUCUUAUUGGAAGAAUAACCGAGAUCGUAUAAAGUCCCAGAUGGUUGUCUGGCACGACCAUCACAUUCUGCCUCCGUCUGUUACUUCAGCAGAUGGCUAUCAAAAGACUGGCAAAUAUGGAGUGAUUGUGCCUAUGGUAGUCACUGCAGGGACUAUUACUAGACGUGCUGUUGAGCGCACGUGGAUGACUGCCUCCAAUGCCUAUAGUGAUCGUAUUGGCUCAGAACUCAAGGCUAUGGUUGAAGCACCUCCAGGUUAUAAAUUUGUUGGAGCUGAUGUAGACUCUCAGGAACUAUGGAUUGCUGCGGUUCUUGGUGAUGCUUACUUCUCUGGUGAACAUGGAGCCACAGCUUUGGGCUGGAUGACGUUACAGGGUAAAAAGAGUGAUGGGACAGACUUGCAUAGCCACACAGCAAGGAAUGCAGGGAUAUCACGAGACCAUGCCAAGGUUAUCAAUUAUGGACGAAUUUAUGGGGCUGGUCUCCGCUUCACUCAACGUCUCCUGAAGCAGUUUAACCCAAAGAUGUCCGAUGCAGAAAUUAAGGAACGUGCUGAAAAUUUAUUUGCUACUACCAAAGGACAAAAAGGAUGGUGCCUUAAUCAGCAAGGAGAAGAACAAGCCAUUGACAUGAAUUAUCCUUUUACUGGAGAACCAUUAUCUCGCAAACAGAUAAACAGAUUGUUGUGGGAAGCCAGAAAGAACAACAUCGAAGCCACUUUUGAUGAUGUUGUUGAAAGGCCGCCUGUAUGGAUCGGAGGUUCAGAAUCUCACAUGUUCAACUGUUUGGAGGCUAUAGCCAGGUGUGAGGAGCCCAGAACGCCAGUGCUCGGAGCUAGAAUAACACGACCUCUUGAACCGUAUUAUGUUGAUGACCAAUUCAUGACGAGCCGAGUGAACUGGGUUGUGCAGAGCUCAGCUGUGGACUAUCUUCACAUAAUGUUAGUGUGUAUGAGAUGGCUGUUUACAAAGUACAAAAUCUCAGGACGUUUCUGCAUUAGUAUCCAUGAUGAGGUUCGUUACAUGGUAUCUUCAGAAGAUUGUUACAGAGCUGCUCUAGCACUUCAGAUCACGAACCUUCUCACACGGUCACUCUUUGCACUCAGGUUGGGAUUUAAGGAUCUUCCACAAUCUGUAGCAUUCUUCAGCAGUGUUGACAUCGAUAAAGUAUUACGAAAAGAACCCCAUCUUGACUGCAUCACUCCAUCAAAUCCAGAAGGCGUGAUGAAAGGUUAUGGUAUUCCGCCAGGAGUCACACUUGAUAUACAACAGAUAUUGAAAUUUACUGGUGGAAAACUGAGUAAAAAAGAGGAUAAUUAAGUUUAGGAGGAAAUACAUUUAUAUGCACCAUCAAGUGUGUUUAGAAUAAAAGAAAGUUUAUAAACUAAAUUUUGGACAGUUUAAUACACGAACAAUUAUCAUGAAAGGACAGCUGUGGUGGUAACUACAGUAUAGCAUACGACAGGUAUAGGAUUAAAAUGUAUCAAAUGAAAAUAGCCCAGGACUCUAUUGAGGCUUUUAUUGUCUUCUCACACUGCUUGAUGUAUUACUGAAUAAAGGAAUGUGCCAUACUGUUCUGACUCAACUUUAGCUCAGGUCACAUGCAUCAUUGUAGUUUACUUGAAAUGUCUUAUAUGACAUUGCUUAGUUCAUGAACUGUGCAAUCAAGAAUGUCCUGUUUUCUUUAAUAAAAAUUCGUGUUUUCUAUAAAAAA